AUGAAACUUUCAGAGGAUUCUGCGGAAUUUCUUCGUGUUAUUUUGGAUAAACUUCAUGAAGAACUGCCAUAUCCACAAAGUGUGCUAAAUAAUACACAAACAAAUGGCAACACUAACAAUCAUGUUAAUGUAAAUUAUUCUCCAUCGAUGGAUGCUGGUGUUAAUGCCAUGAUGGAUGAUUAUUAUGCUUGUGGAAUUUCUUCAACAUCUUCGACAUCUUCGACUACUACUUCAAAAAAUUAUGAAGGGUUUCAAAGACGUACCUCUUCAUCAACUAGCAUAAUUAGUGACAUAUUUCAAGAUGUUUUUGAAAGCAAAAUUAAAUGCCUUCAUUGUAUGAAGGAGUCUAUAAAAGAAGAAUACUUUUAUGUUCUUCCGAUUCAGAUUGAUAAAAAAUAUAAACUUAAAUCUCAAGAAAAAAAUUUAAAUGGUGUUUUAAAUACAGUUAUAGGUUUGGAUAUGAGACCUUAUUGUAAAGAACCAAAAGAAUCAUCUAAUAAUUCGAAAUAUAGUUUAUAUGGAUUGAUUCAUCAUCGUGGUGUUAUUGGAGGUGGCCAUUAUGUUGCUUAUGUUAAGAAUCCUAUUGAUAACAAUUGGUAUGAAUUUGAUGAUACGCUUAAUGAUAUGGUUGUAAAAAUACCGUUCAGUGUUUAUACCCUAUUAAUGGAAAAAUAUGGUACAGAUGGAAGUCCACCUUUCCAUGCAGAUGAUUACGGGCGCGCUGGAUGCCAAAUAUGCGAGGUAGUGUUGAAAGAAGAAAGAAUGUUGGAUCAAAGGCGUCGUAAAGAAGCUCGUGAUAUUAAUCAAAUAGAUACUAACGUAAUACGCCAUGUAACUUUACGAUCGCUUAUUGUACGAAGUAUUUCUUCAUUAGGUGUAUAUGCUGGAGGCGGAUCACUAGCAGGAAGCGU